AGUGUCACCCGUCUCCUAACCUAUUCACAACAGCAUUGAACAGCCAAAGGUACCUUCUGAUUGUGGAAAAGACAAGACAAACUUAAUUUCUCUGGCUAACUAUCACCACCAACUCCUGGGAGCCAAUAUCCUGAGCCUCAAGACCACCAGAAGGGCCCCAGGGUAUGCCAACACUACUAGGAGAUCUCGCAGGAUCAACUACUGUGAAAAGAUUAUUGUUUUCUCCUCGAGAGCCGAAUUGUAAGGAGGUUGGGCAGACGAUGGGGAAGAGAUCGAUCAUGAGGUCAACAACAUGCGGGAGGAACAGCAAUGGGAGGCAUGUGGAAAGGGUCAGGACGCCGUUGAGAACGGCCUAUGAGAGCUUCACCCCUAGAGCCUCUGCAACGAGCGAUGUCGUUCGAAUCGCCACGAAAAGGGAACGACCCGCGAACAACAGGACACAAACCCCAAAACGAAAAAAAAUUCGUAAAUCGAGGAUAUCAGAGAACGAUGAUGACGAGUCUGUCAUCGUUCUCAGCGAUGACGAUGAAGUCCCAUCGGUGAUAGUUGAUUCAGGAUCAGCAGAUAUGAUUCCAUUGGUGGAUCCCAGUGCAGAAAUCAAGAUCAAUUCAGGUAAGUCCAGCGGAAAAACAACGAGAAAGCGGCCUAUUAACCUUGAGCGGCGGCAAGAUGCGUUUCGUCGGCUGAAGAAGAUAGUCAAAAAGACCAUGGCAGACAAUUUAUCCCAGGACGUAGAGAUCGUUUGGUCCUCGGACACUGCCCUACCCAAGAGCUCAUCAGUAUCAGGAGAAGAUAAUCCUCCAGCUCAGGGAGAGACGGACACAGGAAGAGAACCACCAGCAACAGAAAAUGAGAUUUUUAUUGUUGAUGCCGUUGGAGAUCAGUCACUACUGAUUACUGAUGUUCUGCUGCCUGAGGAUAGUCAGCGGGUCAAGAAGCCAAACACGAAGAAGAGGAAUGGGCAGGCGAAAAAGAGGGGGAAGGUGAGGAAGAAGAAGGGGGAGGGGGUGAAGAAAAAGGAGAAGGCGAAGAAGAAUGCGGAGGAUGAGAAAAAAGAGAAGGCGAAGAAGAAUGCGGAGGAUGAGAAAAAAGAGAAGGCGAAGAAGAAUGCGGAGGAUGAGAAAAAAGAAGAGACACCGUCGAACCUGAGGGAGAUCAUUAUCGACGGGUGCAACGUAGCUAUGGCGCACACCAAUCGCAAUGCGUUUUCUGAACAAGGAUUGAAAAUUGCUUUGGAUUAUUUUCGCGGGAGGGGCCACAAGGUCACGAUCUUUUUGCCCCAACACAAACGGGGUAAGGAUCGACACAUGAUUGAGAAAUGGAGCAAAGAGGGCAUUGUUGUUUUUACUCCUAGUAGAAAAAUUGCCAAUAAGCAAAUCACACCGUACGAUGACAGGUUCAUUCUUGAGUACGCAACGAAAUGCCAAGGGAUCGUGAUAUCAUCGGAUCAAUACCGUGAUUUAUGGGCGGAGAAGCCGGAGUGGAGAGAAACUAUCGAGAAACGAUUAUUACCACCAACAUUCGUCGGUGAUUACCUUAUGUUUCCUGACGAUCCACUGGGAAAAUUUGGUCCCAGACUAAACGCCUUUCUUAGAUUUUAAUUCGGAAGAGAAGAAUGUUUGUGGAGAGAAAGAAUAAUUCUUUUGUACAUACCUUUCCUCGCGUCCUAUGAAGUCUCAUUGCAUUAGUUUUGUUCGCGCUAUGAGGCUCUCGGGAUUCCUAAAUAUUAAGUGAUAGAAGAGUUUUCAUUUUUUUCUCUCAAAAAAGAGAAAAAAGGAUACUAGAGAAGUUUAAGAAUUUGUUAAUUCUUAUGUACAUAACUUUACUUUUAUUUUAUUUUUUUGUGUUGGCCUUUGAUGUCAAUCAAGAGACGUAUAUUUGCAUUUCGUAUAAAAAAUACAUUAAAACAUUAUUUCUUUCUGAGAAUAAAUAAAUUAUAAAGUAUAUAA